CCUCCAGGCAAUCAGGUUGUUCACGGGCGAAGCGAUACCUGUUUCAAGGUUACAACACAAAAGACCGUCAACAAAAUCGACGCCCUUCUUGUGGUCCCGAGAGAGCCUUCACAGUUGAACAGUUCGUGCCUCAUACAAGCGCAAUGGGCAAGGCAGGAGUGCUGGUGCUGGCGCUGGUGGCGCUCACGUGCACUCAUGAGUGUCAGGCGCAGGACUGGUCUGCUGUUACGAACUUGCUUCUCAACAAGAUUUUAGCGCUGUGGAAGGAAGACUCCGUGCAGUUCAUGGGGUCGGAGUGUCACUACAGGCAGAAACCGAAAAUCUAUAGAUGGCAGCUCUACUAUGUUGGGAAUUUCUCUUGUAACAAAUUUUUCGGUAUCGAAGGCAGUGGCAAGGGCAGAAGUCCUGUGACAGCCAAGAGAGACAGCAUCAUCGACUUCCUGAACAAAGCUCAAACGGCAGGACUCUUGUCUAAAGAAGAAGUCGAUAAAUGGCUACAAGGAUGAGCUGUUCAGUGUGCAAUCAAUUCUUUUCUGCUAGGUUUUCUCUGGGUAUAAUUGGCGUAUUUUUAAUCUAAUUUCACGCUUUCUCGCUUAUAUUUAAUACCUAUAAUUGUGAGGGCCAAUAUAUUGAAGCCUAAUAAUACUGGUCACAUCUGCAAACGCAACAGUGCAGGCAUUACGAUGCUCAUCUGGGAGACUUACUUCAAGAAGAUAUCUAACAUUUGUUGCAUGCGGUCCACAUGAGACAAAAUCAUGCUGUUCCAUCAUGGCGGUCAGACCCCUGGAGCUCCGUUUACGUCAGUCACGCGCCACAUAUUUCUGGGAUGACACAUUCUGCCAUGCUUAUCUCAGAUACUCCACAACGAGCGCCCUGCACGGGAAAAUAUCCGGGCAUAUAUAGCACUCGUCCAUGACAAAAUGCAACAUGUCACCAACGCUUCAAAGUAACGCAAAUAUAUUGAGACACGUGCAUUUAAUGUUACCAUGAAUAAUUAGCAUAGCUGUAUUACCUGGAGUCAUUUAAACACGUGUCACCUACUAAUAUUGUCGACAUCACUUUUAAGAGCGGUAGCCGGAACCAGGUGGUCAGGUGGACAUUCAAAAUGAUGAUCAUCAAAACUGCUUUAUAACACUUCAUAAUUCAGCAGCAAUUAAAGUCACUUGCAAGGUAAAUUUAUAGUUUCAUAAAUUUUCUAGAGAAGGACGUGGAUGUAUUUUCUGCUAUUCAUUCAUUGCGCCUCUAAUGAGAUAUAUUAAUAAAAGUAAA